AUGAGGAGCCCCGGCAUAAGGUUUUUGGACACCUUUGGUUUGACCAGAGCCUUGGAGGUGCUCCAGCUGCAGCUUGCGCGGCUUACAGAAUCCGUCUUGGUGCAACUUGAUGAUCGGGUCAGGACCAUUGAGCAGGGUUUUUCGCAGCUGCAGAAGGUCUCUUCUCAGGUCGCUCCCGUUGAACCUUGCAAUGAGGAUGCGGAAGAGGAGGAAGAAAAUGGUGGACAAGCACCAAACCCGCAGCUCAACCUCGUGAUUUCACAGUCAGACAAUCCCAGUGCCAUGGUCACCGUGGAGGUGAGGGCGCGGGAGAAAGUUCAGGAUUUGAAGACCAAGGCUCAUCAGCAGCUUGCUGUGUGGGCCCGCUUUUGCGAUGAACUGGGCAGCCAGGCUGAACUGCCACCUUUGAAGGACUGCAAGCUGAGCAGAGCCAGCAACAAGGAGGUGCUGGAUGAUCGUAAGCGACUGGCACACUGUGGACUGGAAAAUGGAGAUGAGCUCCACCUGGGCACCGACCAUGCAGUUGUAAGUCCAGACUUGGCGCUGAAUCAAGGGCAGCUGGGGCAAGAAAUUGUGCCAAUCUUGGAUGAGCCGGAAGACAUGUGCAGUCCAAUCGUGCAUUUGUUGGUGGCUCAUGCCCUGGGCGAAGUGAACAUUGAAGCACGGCGCUCCGAGACUGUGCUCUCUGUGAAGAAGCGUGCUUUGGAGCAGCUGGACGUGUGGUGUCGCUUCACAGAUGUUUGCAAUGACGGCAGUGACAGCUCUGCAAAGCUGCCAGCCUUGGAAGUCGCAAAGCUCUACGCUUCUGGAAGCGGUGAUGGGCUGCUCCUUCCGCAGCCCUUGGUUGAGAGCUGCAGCUUGGCACAGUGUGGCUUGCAGGCUGGUGCGAAGCUGUUCCUGAGAGCGUCAUGA